UCGAAAGUCACAAUUCCCAUGAAUUUGCAAUUCCCUCAUUUUCACUUUUUAGUGUCAACCAAACAACUCACCCAUUUUCAAAUUUCCAUGAUUUUUGACUUCCUCCAUUUUCUUUGUGUAACCAAACAACCCCUAAGAUUACCGACCAUUUCUCGAGAAUUACAAUUAAGUGAUUAACAUAAAUAGUCCGUCAAAAACCACAAAAAAAAAAAAAAAAAAAAAAAAAAAAAAAAAAAAAAAAAACAAUAAUAUAAAUAAAUAGAUAAACUUGUUACAACAAAUUUCUAAUCAUUUAUCCCGUCAAAAAAAUUGCUAAUCAAAAUUGACCUGCCUUGGGUUUUCUUUACCUAAAUCUUCUCCUUAAUUUUCUCUCUCCUAGGGUUCUACAAUACACUUUAAUUCAUCAAAUCAAUUUCAUAUGUCAUUUCUCAAUUGUUUUUCUUCCGUUAUGGCCAAUAAUUCUUCCAAUUGCUUGGAACUUGAUCAUCACGAAGAAACAAUUUCUGAUUCUUUCAUUUGCUGCGUUUGCUUAGAUCUACUAUACAAGCCCAUUGUGCUAGAAUGUGGUCAUGUUUCCUGCUUUUGGUGUGUUCAUAAAUCUAUGGACAUGGUCCAUGAAUCUCAUUGCCCAAUUUGUAGGAAUCCAUAUCAUUACUUUCCAAAUAUAUGUGAAAUGUUGCACUUCCUGCUUUUAAAGAUGUAUCCCUUAGCCUAUAAGAGAAGGGGGAAACAAAUUCUUGAGGAAGAGACUGCAAGGAAUUGCUUCUCACCUCAGCUUGAUUGUGAAGAAGACAACAGUACUGAUGGAUCCAAACCUUCUCAAGAUGCCAAUGCUAUGUCUGAUCCGGCUUCAUCCUCCUGCAUCACUAGGGUAGGCGAAAAUUCUUCAAAGAUGUAUAGUAAUGGUUCAGAUGAUAUUAAGGAAAAGGAUUUAUCAGCUAUCAAUAAGGAAAAGGUUUCGAGUUGUGAUGUCCUAUGUCCUGCUUGCAAGGAACUUCUAUAUCGUCCUGCAGUUCUAAAUUGUGGUCAUGUUUACUGUGAAGCUUGUAUAAUAGUUCCGGAAGACGGAAUAAUCAUAUGCAAAGUUUGUGAGUGCCCACAUCCAAGUGACUGUCCAAACAUUUGCUUGGAGUUUAAUAACUUCUUGGAGGAGCAAUUCCCUAAAGAGUAUGGUGCACAAAAAGAAAGUGUUGAAGAGAAAAAAGCACGGUUUCAACAUAAGAAUCCAUCUUCCUGUUCCAAUUCGAAGGCAUCUGCUAAAAAAAGUUUCAUCACGCCAUUUAGGGGCAGUGAAGACUUCAUUCCGUGGUGGAAUGAACAUGGUUCAAAAGUUCAUGCAGGAGCUGGUUGUGAUUAUUGUGGAAUGUGUCCUAUAGUCGGGAAUAGAUACAGAUGCCUAGAUUGUGUGGAGUUGAUGGGAUUUGACCUUUGCGGAAAUUGCUAUAAUACGCGAUCCAAACGACCAGGUCGUUUCAAUCAGCAACAUACUCUGGAUCACAAGUUUGAGCUUGUCAAGCAGCCAGACAAUCUACAGAAUCUAAUGGUGCGCCUUGUUGGAGGACAUCUCAUAGAUAGUUCUGGGGCUCCUGUUCUUGCCAUUAGUGCUAUCGAAGAUCCCCCGGAUGGUUGGAUUGCUGUUGAAUCAGUUGAUGACCUAGUUAACCCAGGUAACAAUGUAGCUGCUGCUGAUGAGAGUCCUGGUGAUAUGCAUGAUGACACUGACACACAAGACGGUUCUAUUGAGGUGGAGUUUGUUGAUGCUCUGGAAGUUUCUGAGGAUAAUGCAGCUUCUCUUUCUCAUCUUGAUCAUAAUAUCGAUCAAGAUGGUAACAAGGAUCCUCCCUUUUAGAAUAUCUAACACUGGAGCUUUUGCUGCAAUUUUUUGUUAGUUUUUGAAUAUGUGCAUCUUCAGUCCCCCACCCAUGAAACCAGAGGAUAAAGUUAGAUCUUAGUUCUUGAUAAUUGAUAGGGUUCAGGACUUCAGGUCCUGCAGGGGUUGUAAAUGACAAUUCUAUUGUUAAUUUAAUCAGAUCUGUUGUAUACUUGUAUUAAUUUGUAGUUGCUGCUUAAUUUCUAAUGUUAGGAGAUGUGAAUAUUUGGAAGAGGCAGGAUUUUUGUUA